GCCAGCUCGUAGCCCCAAAACACCCCUGUGAAGAUGGAGAGGACGAAGCUGCCGGGGCUGUGGAGACAUAGCAGCACUUAUUUUUUAUGUGCUUAAAUAGCCAUCUGUGGUCGGAGCCAGGCAGCAGACAGGGAUCCCUGGGAGGCGAUGGACGGAGAGGACUGCUCUGGGACUCAAUGGAGGUGGGAACUCUUGUAACAGUCAGUUUUGUUCUGAGAGCCACAGAAUUGCUGCAAAGAGAUCUUCCCUCCCACUCCUCUGCAAAAAACGUCUAGAGAAAACAGCACCAUGUACACCUUCCUGCCUGAGAACUUCACGCCAGUGAAGCAGAAGCCGUCCAAGGAGCUGAGGCCCAUGCUGGGUGCCAUCCUGCUGGGCCUCAUCCUGUUCAUUGCCGCGGUGGUGGCCUGGUGCUACUACACGGUGUCCCUGCGCAAGGCGGAGCGGCUGAAGACGGAGCUGAUGGACCUGCGGGCAGACGGCUUCGUCAUCAGGAACCAGCACGGCGAGGUGGUGUUCCGGCUGGCCUUCCGCUCGGGCAGCCUCGACCUGGAGUCGUGCUCCAAAGAGGGCGAGAUUCUGAGCUGCACGCGCUCGGGCCGGGGGCCGCUCAACUUCUUCAUCCAGACGGUGAAGCCCAAGGACACGGUGAUGUGUUACCGCGUGCGCUGGGAGGAGCUGGCGCCCGGCCCGGCCGUGGAGCACACCAUGUUCUGGGAGGACGCCCACUGGUACGGGGGCUCGGAGAUGAGCACCCAGCACUGGCCCAUCCGCCUGGCCGGCUACCAGGAGCCCGUGCCCUACGUGACCAGCGACGUCUACUCCUUCCGCGACAGCUUCGGCGGCAUCCUCGAGCGCUACUGGCUCUCCUCCAAGGCGGCGGCCAUCAAGAUCAACGACUCGGUGCCCUUCCACCUGGGCUUCAACGCCUCGGAGCGCACCCUCUUCUUCCAGGCCCGCUACGAGGACUCGCCCUACAAGCCCCCGCCGGGGCAGCCGCCUUUCCCCGAGCUCAGCUACCGCGUCUGCGUGGGCUCCGACGUCACCUCCAUCCACAAGUACAUGGUGCGCAGGUACUUCAACAAACCCUCCAAGAUCCCUGCAGAGAACGCCUUUCGGUACCCCAUCUGGUCCACCUGGGCCCUCUACAAAAAUGAUAUUGACCAGGAUAAACUCUUGCGAUUUGCCGAAAAGAUCAAGAAGUACCGUUUCAACUGCAGCCACAUUGAAAUCGAUGACAUGUACACACGGGCCUAUGGGGACUUUGACUUUGACCCCAUCAAGUUCCCCAAUGUAACGGAGAUGUUCACAAAGCUGAGAGAAGAUGGCUUUAAGGUCACCUUGUGGACUCACCCUUUCAUAAACUACAAUUCAUCCAAUUUUGGGGUGGGAAUCGAGCGUAGGCUGUUCAUCAAGGAGCCGUCGGGGCGGCUGCCAGCCAUGGUGGAGUGGUGGAACGGCAUCGGGGCCAUCCUGGACUUCACCAACCCGGCAGCCCGAGACUGGUUCCAGAGCCACCUGCGCCAGCUGCGCCACAAGUACGGCAUCUCGUCCUUCAAGUUUGACGCGGGUGAGACCAGCUACCUGCCCAAGCAGUUCAGCACCUUCCGCCCGCUCUCGGACCCCAGCAUCUGGUCGCGGCGCUACACGGAGAUGGCCAUCCCCUUCUACGAGCUGGCCGAGGUGCGGGUGGGCUACCAGUCACAGAACAUCUCCUGCUUCUUCCGUAUCAUUGACCGCGACUCUGUCUGGGGCUACGAGCUUGGCCUCAAGUCCCUCAUCCCAACUGUGCUCACCAUCAGCAUGCUGGGGUACCCGUUCAUAUCUGCUGACAUGAUUGGGGGGAAUUUCUUCCCCAACAAGACCGGUGGAGCAGUGGAGAUCCCCGACCGGGAGCUGUACGUGCGGUGGCUGGAGCUGUCGGCCUUCAUGCCCUCCAUGCAGUUCUCCAUCCCGCCCUGGCUCUACGACAAGGAGGUGGUGGAGAUUGCGCAGAAGUUCACGGAGCUCCACGAGUCGCUGGUGGCCCCGCUGCUGCUGGAGCUGGCCGGGGAGGUCACCGACACGGGCGACCCCAUCAUCCGGCCCAUCUGGUGGAUCUCGCCGCGCGACGAGGCCACUCACCGCAUCGACUCCCAGUUCCUCAUCGGGGACACCCUCAUGGUGGCCCCCGUCCUGGAGAUGGGCAAGCAGGAGCGUGACGUCUACCUGCCGGCGGGCAAGUGGCGCAGCUACAAGGGGGAGUUGUUUGAGAAGACCCCGGUGCUGCUCACGGACUAUCCCGUUGACCUGGAUGAAGUCGCCUAUUUCCUCUGGGUUUCCUAAGGGGCUCCUCUAUCCGCUUUGGGAUACCCAUGCCUUAUCUAGGACUUUGUAACAAAUAGUAGUUCUAAUUGCACACGUCGCUGGGGACUGGGAUUGAGGGAGGGAAUUAAAUAGACUUUAUUGUUUGUCCUUGAGGUAAAUUUUGUUGUUGUUUAAUUUGGAGUCAGGGGAUGAUCUUUGCUUUCAAAUCUGGGGAGACUGUAGUUGGGUUACAAUAGGCAGAGUUGUCUCUACAUAGAUUAUGAAGUUUUUAGUCUGCAGACAGAUAACAAACCCAGUUUCCAGUUCCCAAGGAUUUCAAAAGGUGAAGGUUGGUUAUUGCCAGUGGGACCGUUUCUGAUCUUGUGGGAGCACUCGACACUGGGCUUGGGGAUGUGUGAUGCGAGAGGUUUGCUACAGCUCUGCCUGCUGAAAGUUUUAUUACGUGGCAAAUAUAUUUAAAUUGACUUUUUUAAAGAGCAUAAAACAACCUAGAGAUAGAUAGACAUACAGGUACGGGGGUUUCCCCUUUUGAUCUAGUGUGGCGCUGGACUAUGAUUUGCCCCGCGCUCCUGCUUUCCCAGGUACCGGGCGGGCCAGGUUAUUUGACUGAUGUCCAGAUAUUUUAACUGUAUGGGCUGUGUGAGGCUUGCUGGGGUAGCUGCAUCCCACCUCCUCAUCCACUUAACAGCUGCUGCAAGGCAUUUGCCAGAGCUUUUUGCCUCAGGUGUCAACAUUACCUUUCCUGGAGCAGCACCAGCAUGCCCCAUUAGUCUUUUUAAAGCAUUUAUUGUCCUGCUUCAUUAUCUGAUUAUCCUGCUGAUAUCAUCCUUUUUGAAUCUUAAAGAGAGAUGAGCUUUCAGGCUGGUUGCUAGCAGAAGGGUUGCCUGGAGCAAAGCCAUCUUCCAUAAGUACUUUUCCCGGGAACAGCCGGGGUUCUGCGGGCAGCACCAGAGGGACAGCAUGGAGGGACAGUGGUGUCUGCUGCAGCUGGCUUACCCGUGAGUGGGAAACACCAGCCUGUGCACUGAUGGGUCUGUGCCAGCGGGUGUUGUCAAUGAGCCUGCCAGAAGGUUCUCAUCUACCGUGAAAUUCAGCUAAUAUCCAUCUCAGGUCACAGUUAGAGGGGACUGAUUUUGUGGAGGGUUUUUCUGAAGCAACCCUCCUCUCUUCCCGUGAAAGUUAGGGGCCUUCCUUGGGCAGUGUUUGUGGUGCUGGAGGUGUUGCUGUCAGAGGCUUCUGGAGGGGGCUUGGGUGAAUGUGGUCCUGCAUCUUAGCUCCCCAGUAGCUGGGAUGGAGCUGCAGAGAUGCAUCUUUCCCAACUUUGCCAUUUUAUUUUGUACAGAAAGAUGCCUUUAUAGAGACCUGAGGGCAAUCUGAGACAGAGCAGAGAGUUGAAACCUCUCAGCCUUCCUCCCUGGGGCAGGACAUUCCUUGCUGUGUCCUGGUUGGGAGUGCAGUUCAGCCCCUGAAUUUUUCAUGAGCCUCUACAGAACUGAACUGCAUUGGCUGGGAAGGUUUGGAGCACCCUGCCUAGGCUACAGCCAGCCAAGGAGAGCUCAGCAUCUGCAGGAUUUCUUAGGGGAUUGUGUCUGGGCUGAGCAUAGGUCCAGCAUGAGUCUGCUACCCAGGCAGUUAGUGCUGUCUUUUGGGUUGGUUGAGUAUCAGUGAGGAUCUUUCUCAAAGCCCAUCUCCUGCCACUGGGCUUUGCAGGAGGCAGAAAAAGAGAUGCACUAAACCUGGGGGUUGCAAUAGAGUCCAGGAGUAGAAAUUCAGGUGUUUGGGGCAAAAUCUGAAGUGCUUUUUAUAGUUAGGAAGGAAGUGAGACAGUCCAGUUUGAUAGACUUUCUGAAGCAUCGCUUCAGGUCUGAACCUGCCUUGCGUAAUUUCAUGUCUUAGCAUCAAAAUGAGAUGCAGGGAGCCCUGUAGCAGGGACCCAACUGGAGCACAAGUGUGUCCCAGAGGUUGUUUCUUGUGGAUUUUAACUAUGAAAGACUCGGUUUAUUCCCUGCCACCAGUGCAAACAGUGGUUAUGUUGCAAGUUACAGACACCAUCUGGCAGAGACUUAAUCCUGGAGGCCCAGCUUUAGUCAUCAAGGCAUUGGCAGGAUUUGUCCCUUGGGCUGGAGGCUGGACGUGAACGUGGGGGCUCUUGGAGAUGAGUCUGACCAUAGCCUGCAAGGACAACAUGAUGCUGAGAGGUCUUGUGCAGACUCAGAAACGCACAAAGGCAGUGCUUUGAGGGGCUCUAGCUCUUCUCUUUCAACCUUUGCAUGUGAAAUACUUGUCCUCCCUUGGCAUGGAAGUCAUGGGGUGGAGGAGACGUUGCUGCAAGGUCCAGCUUCCAGUGAAGAAGUGGAAUCCUUGGCACAGGACUUCAUGGGAGUGAUCCCAGCAUGACCGAUGUUCCUUGUUACCGCUGUGCCACUCACUGCAUCCCUCACUAGUUAAGGGAUGAGGCUAUGUGAAAAGAAACAUGGAAUUCCUGUUAAUAUCCUUUUAUUGUUGAAGUGGUGGAAGCAGCCAGAUGAGUGCCUUCAGUCUCCUCACAGUGGUUUCAGUUGCUGUCAGGAAGGCUGUGGAGGAAAUUUUUUCAGUAGACACAGCACCUUCCUUCCCUUCCCCUCAAAAGAAAGGAAUUUAUUAUCAUAGUUUUGAAUGUAGUUAACCAUAUGGAUAAAUGGGUGAGAUUAUAGGCUCCCCUUAUUUUUCUAAAUGUUGUAGUUAGGGAGUAAGUGGCUGUGGCUAUUCAGUGCUCCAGCUAGGAGAAAGCUAAAGCUGUUGGGAUGGCACGAGGGAUGAUAUUGAAGACCAGGUUCAUAUGAGUGGCUCUCUGUGAGUCCAUGGCACCAAGUCUUCCCUGGGGACAGGCUUGGCAGUGCUGCCUUCAGCUAUCUCACAGGCUUCUAGGUGCCCUUUCCAUCCAACUUUUCAGAAAAAACACUAUUUCAAGCACUAUGCUGGAGCACGGCAGGACUUGAGGGCCUCUAGGACCUUGCAGACCACAAGCACUCUGUGCACAGACACAUUGGGAAUGGCCACUAGAGAGAUUUCUCUGAUACAUACCGUGGUCACUGCCUAAGGCAAGGGUUAGUUCAACUCAGCCAAGGAAAGGCCCUGAAACAAGUUGAGAGUUGGAUUCAGCCUUUUCUAUCCCAGCCCACGGCAGACCAAGUGAGCAGCACGUCAACCUGAUGCCAGAGUGACUGAAUUUUGAAGCUUGCACUGUUGUGUGUUGGGUUUCCUGGAUGCUUGUGUUUGCACAUGCUGUCCUGUGUUGGACUGUAAUGCUGAUGGGUUUGUUUUUAACCACUUUUCUAAUCCUUAAUUGUUAUGAAGACAGAACUGUAACAUUUAUUGCCUUGAUUGAUA